GCGGCGGGGGACUGGCGAAUCCAGCAGCGCUGGGCUACGCUCGGUGGCUGAGGGGAGCUGCGAGGCGCGGUUUGGGAAGGUGAAGCGGAUUUUCCCUUCCAAAAUGACUUUUCGAGCUCUGGUUUUUUGUCUGGCUUGUGCUGGGCUUGGAAAGGCAAAUGUGGUUUCACAGGCUGAACACAGAAAUGUGAAGGUGGGCGACAGUGUGACUCUCAGCUGUGCCCUGACAGAACCCAAGGAUGUUCUGCAAGUGACGUGGCAAAAGGACUCUGAAAAAUCACACAAUAACAUAGCUACGUACAGUACCAUAAAAGGAUUAAAGAUUCACGAGCCCUACCAAGACCGAAUGAAUUUCACGAGCCUGGUGCUCAAUGAGACAAGCAUCACUUUUUGGGACACUAGAAUGGAUGAUUCGGGGUGUUACACGUGUCUCUUCAAUACUUUCCCUUUUGGCUCCUUCUCAGGACGUACCUGCCUGAGUGUUUCUGGUCUCAAUGCAUCUGUCCAUUACAACAUUUCUGAAGGUCAUCUGAUAGCCACCUGUAAUGCUGUUGGCCUCCCAGAGCCCACCGUCACCUGGAACAACUUGUUCAAUUCUACUCCUACACAGGAGACAGUCAGGUACACCAAUGGGGUGGUGUCCAUCACCAGUAAACUGGAGAUCAACAACACUCGGACCAUCAGUGUGCAGGACUUGACCUGCAGAGUAAACAACGUGAAUGAAAAAAUAGAAUUGCCUGUGAAAAUUAAAGGAGAGGAGGGGUCCUCAUUGCUUUUGCUGAUGAUUACUGUGCCUCUCUUAAUUCUCAUCACAGUUAUAAUUCUGAUUAUGCUGUGCCGGAGGAAGAGGAUAUGCAGGAGGGGUUGA